GGCUGAAACUCGUGGUGGUGAAACGCUUUAAAAGCGGCCGGUCACACACAGUGGCAAUUCAGUUUUGACAUACCCGAGCAAAACAGUCAUCCGCAGCAAUGGCCAGAACCAAGCAGACCGCUCGUAAAUCCACUGGAGGCAAAGCUCCCAGAAAGCAGCUCGCCACUAAAGCUGCCCGCAAGAGCGCCCCGGCUACAGGUGGAGUGAAGAAGCCUCACCGUUAUAGGCCCGGUACCGUGGCUCUCAGAGAGAUCCGCCGCUACCAGAAGUCCACCGAGCUGUUGAUCCGCAAGCUGCCGUUCCAGCGUCUGGUGCGAGAAAUCGCUCAGGACUUCAAGACUGACCUGCGCUUCCAGAGCUCCGCCGUCAUGGCCCUGCAGGAGUCCAGCGAGGCUUAUCUGGUCGGCCUGUUCGAGGACACAAACCUGUGCGCCAUCCACGCCAAGAGGGUCACCAUCAUGCCCAAGGACAUCCAGCUGGCCCGCCGCAUCCGCGGAGAGCGCGCUUAAACCCGUCCUGCGAAAACACAACGGCUCUUUUCAGAGCCACCUCAGUCUAACUUAAAAGAUCAAAUUCAAUAUCAAACUGAUUUGCAACUUGGGUGCAUCAUAUGCGGAUUAGUGUUCUUAGGCAUUUUUUAAAGGUGGUUGAACGCGGUGUGUGCCUGGAUAAUCAUUCUUCUAUCAAUGAUAACUUCUAAAUCGUGGGUCCUUCAACAGAUGUGCAUUUUUCUUUCAAGAACAGACUAUUAAAAUAUAUCCAGAAUUAACCGCAUUAUCACAUUUGGGGAAAACAUGGAUGUAAAACUCUGCCAGCGCAUAUACUGAAUUGGUAUAUCUAUAUUGCACUCAUCAUCACAUAGUUUCCCUGCUUCCCCUUUAAUGCAAGUGUGCAAUAUCUACAUUUUCCCUCAAUGAUUCUUUUAUCUGUCAGUUCAUUCCCCAUUAUUCGAAUAUGUGCUGUUAAUUCUGAUGCACAUACUGACAUUUCGUCACUUACUGUUAAACUUAACUUGGUUUUAAAUCUUGACACGUUUACUCGUACCCCUACUUUUUGCUCAACUGGAUCUUUUGUCUCACCUGUGUAAAUCUGUAUGAAAGAUUUAGAUAUCUAUAUAUCUGGUUGUAAUGUUGUAAUGCAGAUGACUCUAUUUUUAUGUUAUGAUUGACUGCUUGCGACUCUCUUUUGUUUAAUGUUGUGAUCUUGUAGAUAUUCUACUGUAUGAUGUAUAUGAUUUUACAUUCAAUUUUUAGUCAACUUAAUCUUAUAGCAAAUAUUUCUGUUCGUCAGACCAGGCUUUGGAUUUCAUCUCUUCUUCUUCUUAGUUUUUUUGGCGACUUGUAUUCUUUGUACAUAUCGCCACUUACUGUGCCAGUUGUGCAACCAGAUUCUACCGGUUGACGCUGCGUGUUCAGCGCCCCCUCCUGCACACUGAAUUCCUUAGUCCCCAGAAUUGUACCAUAGCACUAAUUUUAUUUACUUACAUGAGUUAUAUUUUAGUUAUUAUUAUUUACAUUACUGUUAGUUAUAUUUUACUAUAUCCUUUUAUAUAAUCCUGUAUUAUAUAAAAAAUGAUUAAAAUCCUAUAUCCUUUAUGGUCAUACUUAAACUCAGUCAUACCCCAGUAGGUAUCAUAUCUUUAUCUUCCUUUCCUUUCUCCUUCAGAUAUUCAAUUAGUUCCUUUCUUUCUUCUCUGUAUUUUAAACAUUCAUAUAUUAAAUACUGGAUUGUUUCUUUUACAUUACAAGAUUCACAUAAUCCAUUCUCAUGUAAAAAUAAAAUUAAAAAAACAGUGAAUCAUU